GUUUACGCAACAACAGCUAAUUAGUCUCUCUUGCUGCAACAGAAGAAAGAACUCAAAGAAGGCCCAACCGCUAAUUAAAAUCCGAUGGCCACCAACUCUCCCGCCACAGCUCCGCCUCCACCCAAACCGGGUGACCCUCCUUCUUCCUCCACCGAAACCACACCGCCCCCUCCCAAGCAACCACCACAGCCCUCACCUUCUCCGGCGAAGCCCGAAGCCCCAUUGUCCGACUCAAAACCCUCCACAGAAGCCACCGUCGUGCUGGUCCCCAGCCACUCCAGAUGGUUCUCCUUACAUUCCAUUCACCAAUGCGAGGUCCGCCAUCUCCCCGAGUUCUUCGACUCCCCCUCUUCCUCCUCCAAGAACCCUAGGGUUUACAAGUACUACAGGAACUCCAUAGUCAAGUACUUCCGUUACAACCCUUCCCGAAAAAUCACCUUCACCGACGUCAGAAAAACCCUCGUCGGUGACGUCGGUUCCAUCCGCAGAGUCUUCGAUUUCCUCGAAGCAUGGGGAUUGAUCAAUUACCUUCCGUCUUCGUCCAUGAACAAGCCCUUGAAGUGGGACGACAAAGAGUCCAAAUCCGAAUCUGGAUCCAACACUGCCGAACCCCCACAACCUGUUCGAGAAAACACCAAGAGAAUCUGCAGCGGAUGCAAAGCCGUUUGCACCAUUGCUUGCUUUGCUUGUGAUAAGUAUGAUUUGACUCUGUGUGCGAGAUGCUAUGUUCGUGGGAAUUAUAGAGUGGGUGUGAGUUCUUCGGAUUUUAGGCGAGUUGAGAUAAGCGAAGAGACUAAGACGGAUUGGAGUGAGAAGGAGACUCUGAAUCUUCUGGAAGCCGUUACACAUUAUGGUGAUGACUGGAAGAGAGUUUCCCAGCAUGUUGGUGGCAGGACAGAGAAGGACUGCGUUGCUCAUUUCAUCAAGCUUCCUUUUGGGGACCAGUUCCUGCGUUAUCGAGAUGGUGGUGCGACUGACGACACUGCAAAUCAGCUGAGGCAGAAUGCUGCUGUAGCCGAAUUCGAUUCAGAAGCUGGUGGUGCAGCCGAGCAUAGUAAAAGAAUGCGACUCACCCCUCUUGCCGAUGCAAGCAACCCUAUUAUGGCUCAGGCUGCUUUUCUGUCAGCUCUGGCUGGAUCAGAGGUUGCAUAUUCUGCUGCACAAGCUGCAGUGGCAACUCUCUCGGAGGCUUACAAAACAACUAAAAAUCAUCGAUCAUUCCCAAGAAACACAUCACUACAAGAAGCUGGUAUUGCAUCUAAUGGUGGUACCUCUUCAGAUUCAUCACAAGCAUCUCGAUUUCAUGCAAAUAUACUGCUCGAAAAAGAAGAGUUAGAUGUGGAAAAGGCAAUUUCUGAGAUUAUUGAAGUUCAGAUGAAAAAUAUCCAAGACAAGCUUCUUCGUUUUGAGAAUUCAGACUUGAUGAUAGAGAAAGAAUGCCAGCAGUUGGAGCAAAUGAAGAACUUGCUUUUCCUUGAUCAGCUUUCUCUUUUAUUUCAAAAGCAAUCUGCUUCAAAAUCUGGAGAACGCACAGAAGGCAAUGGUGUAAAGACAAAUUGAUGAUUAUCAAGUUCUUAGGUUUAGCAAGUCUAAAUAUCAAUUCUGCGUCACAGUAGUCAGCAUUGUAUAUGUACGAUAUUAUGAUGUAACGGAAUCUUGUUGCUAACUAUUAUUUGUGAACGUUCCUCUAAUUUUUAGAGGGACAGAAAAAAUUAUAGUGGAAGUUUGUAUCACACGUGUGGGGUGUGAUCUUUUUA